UCGGCGUUGGGAACAGAAGUUCAAGAGGCCGCGCUGCUCCUUCUCCCGCAUUCACUGGGGAGUCUUGCUCUGCAAGUGCAGUUGCAGGCGGUUCGGGAGCGCAGCCCCAGACCUGCCGCCCGCCGCUUCUGUGCCUCUGCAUCUGCCACCGUGGGUCCCCAGUUCCAGUGACUUCUCCUGUCCCACCCUCUCCGCUCUGCUCCCCGUGUGUCCUGAAGAAAGGGGACCUGCUCCCGAGAUUUUCCACGGCAAAGUUAACAUGUUGACUGGAAGUGUAAUGUUACAGGUGAUGAUAGCAUUUGAAGACCUGGCUGUGUACUUUACCUGGGAGGAAUGGCAGAAAAUGAACAAUGCUCAGAAAACCCUGUACAGAGAUGUGAUGCUGGAGACCUACAGCAGCCUCUUCUCCUUGGGGCACUGCAUUACCAAACCUGACUUAAUCUUCAAGUUGGAGCAAGGAGAAGAGCCAUGGAUGGUGGACAAAUGCUUGAAUCAGAGCCUUUCAGUGGUCAUGAAAAUGGAUGACCUGAUUAAGAGCAACCUGGAAAGUCAGGACAAAAAUCUGAAUCAGGAUUUUAUGAAAAAUAACAAGACAUCAGCUCACAAGAGAGUUGAAUUAAGAAAAACCCUUAGUUUAAAUUCAAGCCAUAUUCCAACAAUGAUUAUUAAAAAGGGAAUCUAUUCAGGAUUGAAGCCUGAGGAAUGCAAUAAAUGUCACACUGUGUAUCCCCACAGUGGGCCUGAUCAACUACAGGCUGGAGAGAAAUUUGAUAACACCAAGAUACCUGGAAAAUCUCUCCAGUUCUGUGAGCCUCUUAGUCAGUAUGACAAUAUUCACAUCAUGAAGCAGCCAUUUGGACCCACUGGACAAGCAAAAGUCUUCACAAGAAAGAUGUUCUGUAAAUCUGAGAGGGUUCAUAUGGCAGAAAACUGUAAUAAAUCAACUGUCACUUUUGGAAAAGCAACUCAAAUAGAAAAAGCUAUCCAUGAAAAUUCUAGCCUCAAUAUGCAUCAACAAACUCACACAAGAAAGAAAUUUUAUAAGUACAUUAAGUAUGUUGAACCUGUCAUUCACCAGUCACAUCUUGCAAUAAAUCACAGACUAAAUACAAGGGAAAAACUUUACACAUGUAACCCUUGUGGAAAAUCACUCAGUAUUAAUUCACCUUAUGAAUGUAAUGACUGUGGAAAAGACUUUGGACAAAAGUCAGUCCUCAGGAAAUGUCAACAAAUUCACACAGGAGAGAAACCACAUGAAUGUAGUGAUUGUGGAAAAGCCUUUACACAAAAGUCAUACCUCAUAAACCAUCAGCGAAUUCACACAGGGGAGAAACUUUAUAAAUGCCUUCAUUGUGGAAGAGGCUUUCUGUGGAAGUCAGCCCUCAUCAUACACCAGAGAAUUCACACAGGGGAGAAACCUCAUGAAUGUAAUGACUGUGGAAAAGCCUUUGGAUGCAAGUCAGCCCUCCUCAUACACCAGCGAAUUCACACAGGGGAGAAACCUCAUGAAUGUAAUGACUGUGGAAAAGCCUUUGGACGCAAGUCACACCUCAUGAAACAUCAGCAAAUUCACACAGGAGCAAAACCACAUGAAUGUAGUGAUUGUGGAAAAGCCUUUACACAAAAGUCAUACCUCAUAAACCAUCAGCGAAUUCACACAGGGGAGAAACUUUAUAAAUGCCUUCAUUGUGGAAGAGGCUUUCUGUGGAAGUCAGCCCUCAUCAUACACCAGAGAAUUCACACAGGGGAGAAACCUCAUGAAUGUAAUGACUGUGGAAAAGCCUUUGGAUGCAAGCCACACCUCAUCAUACACCAGCGAAUUCACACAGGGGAGAAACCUCAUGAAUGUAAUGACUGUGGAAAAGCCUUUGGACGCAAGUCACACCUCAUGAAACAUCAGCAAAUUCACACAGGAGAGAAACCACAUGAAUGUAGUGAUUGUGGAAAAGCCUUUACACAAAAGUCAUACCUCAUAAACCAUCAGCGAAUUCACACAGGGGAGAAACUUUAUAAAUGCCUUCAUUGUGGAAGAGGCUUUCUGUGGAAGUCAGCCCUCAUCAUACACCAGAGAAUUCACACAGGGGAGAAACCUCAUGAAUGUAAUGACUGUGGAAAAGCCUUUGGAUACAAGUCACACCUCAUAAACCAUCAGCGAAUUCACACAGGGGAGAAACCUCAUAAAUGUAAUGACUGUGGAAAAGCAUUUGGACAGAAGUCACACCUCACCAUACACCAGCGAAUUCACACAGGGCUGAAACCUCAUGAAUGUAAUGACUGUGGAAAAGCCUUUGGACAAAAGUCACACCUCAUCAUACACCAGAGAAUUCACACAGGGGAGAAACCUCAUCAAUGUAAUGACUGUGGAAAAGCCUUUGGAAACAAGUCAGCCCUCCUCAUACACCAGAGAAUUCACACAGGGCAGAAACCUCAUAAAUGUAAUGACUGUGGAAAAUCCUUUGGAUGCAAGUCACACCUCAUGAAACAUCAGCGAAUUCACACAGGGGAGAAACCUCAUGAAUGUAAUGACUGUGGAAAAGCCUUUGGACGCAAGCCAGACCUCAUCAUACACCAGAGAAUUCACACAGGGGAGAAACCUCAUGAAUGUAAUGACUGUGGAAAAGCCUUUGGACACAAGUCACACCUCAUCAGACACCAGCAAAUUCACACAGGACAGAAACCUCAUAAAUGUAAUGACUGUGGAAAAGCAUUUGGACAAAAGUCAGACCUCAUCAUACACCAGAGAAUUCACACAGGGGAGAAACCUCAUGAAUGUAAUGACUGUGGAAAAGCCUUUGGAUGCAAGUCAGAUCUCAUGAAACACCAGCGAAUUCACACAGGGGAGAAACCUCAUGAAUGUAAUGACUGUGGAAAAGCCUUUGGACGAAAGUCAGGCCUCAUCGUACACCAGCAAAUUCACAAAAGGUAGAAACCUCAUGAAUGUAAUGGCGAUGGAAAGGCCUUUGGAUGAAAGUCAGACCUCAUGAAACAUCAGCGAAUUCACACAGGGGAGAAACCUCAUGAAUGUAAUGACUGUGGAAAAGCAUUUGGACGAAAGUCACACCUCAUCGUACACCAGAGAAUUCACAUGGGGCAGAAAUCUCAUGAAUGUAAUAACUGGCAAAGCCUUUGGACACAAGUCACACCUCAUCAUACACCAGAGAAUUCACACAGGGCAGCAACCUCAUAAAUGAAAUGACUGUGGAAAAGCCUUUGAACACAAGUCAUACCUCAUAUUACACUAGAGAAUUCACACAGGGGAGAAACCUCAUAAAUAAUGAUUGUCGAAAAGCCUUUGGCCAUAAGUUAGGCCUCAUGAUACAUCAGCGAAAUCACACAGAGCAGAAACCUCAUGAAUGUAAUGACUGUGGAAAAGCCUUUGUAUGAAAGUCACACCUCAUAUCACACUGGAGAAUUCACACAGGGGAGAAAACCCAUGAAAGUAAUGACCAAGGGAAAGCCUCUGGAUAAAAGUCAAUCCUUUAGAAACAUCAGAGAAUUCACACAGGGAGGAAACCUCAUGAAUGUAAUGACUUUGGAAAAGCCUUUUGACAAAAGACAAAACUCAUAUCACAGCAGAGAAUUCACACAGGGUAGAAAACUCAUGAUUGUAAUAACUGUGGAAAGCAUUUAGCCAUAAGUCAACCUUCAUCAUGCAUCAGGGAAUUCACACAGGGCAGAAACCUUAUGAAUAUAAUGACUGGAAAAGCCUUUGGACAAAAGUCAAACCUCAUAAUGCACCAGAGAAUGCACACAGUGUUGAAACUUCAUGAAUGUAAUGACUGGAAAAACUUGAUUUUAACUUCCAACUCCAAAUGCAUCAGAGGAUUCACACAGGGAAAUAACCUUAUAAAUGUAAUGACUGUGGAAAAACUUGAUUUUAACUUCCAACUCCAAAUGCAUCAGAGGAUUCACACAGGGAAAUAACCUUAUAAAUGUAAUGACUGUGUAAAAGCCUUUUUCUAUAAGUUAUAUCAAAACAGAAUUCACACAGGGCAGAAACUGUAUCAAUCUAAUGAGUGUGGAAAAGCCUUUAUAAAUCAUAUGUUGUAAAUCAUAGCUCAUAUCACACCAGAGAAUUCACAUCGGAGAGAAACUUCAUGAAUGCAAUGACUGUAGAAAAGCCCUUGGCAAUAAGUCACAUCUCAGAAUGCGUCAGAAAAUUCACAUGAAAAGAAACCUUUUGGACAUAAUGACUUGGAAAGCUUUUUCCCAUAGUUCAGCCCUCAUUGCACAUCAUCUAAUUCAUAUGUGGGAAAACACUUUGUAUACAAUGCAUAUGGAAAAGCCUUUAUCCAUAAGUAACACCCCAUAAAAUAUCAGAAUUCACAUGGGGGAGAAACCAUAUGAAUGGAAUGAGUGUUGGAAAACUAUGCCAAUAUCACACAAUAUAACAUCGAGAAUUUAUUACAUGGUGGAAAUCUUGUAAUAAAUGUGGAAAAGUCUUUUGUCAGAAGGAAUACCUCAUAACACAUGUAGUUCAAACAAGGGAUAGAACUUAAGAAUAUAAUGAAUGUGAAGGACUUUUUCCAAAAUCAACAUAACCAUGUGACAGAGCCAUUUGCUGGAAAUUACAUCCCAUACAAUAGGUACUCCCAUAAGGAAGAAAGGUUGGGACCAGCGCUGUGGCACAGUAAGUUAAAGCCCUGGCCUGAAAUGCUGGCAUACCAUGUGGGCACUGGUUCUAGUCCCGGUUGCUCCUCUUCUGAUCCAGCUCUCUGCUAUAGCCUGGGAAAGCAGUAGAAGAUGGCCCUGCACCCAUGUGGGAGAUGCAGAAGAAGCUCCUGACUCCUGGCUUUGGAUUGUGGCAGCUCCAGCCAUUGCAUCCAUCCAGAGUUAGGAGUUAGGAGUCUCCACUUGGCUGCUUGCCUGAUGCAGACACAAGCUGGCGCAGAUGUUAUGUAUGUCCAAAAUGGCUCCUGCUCUAUCAGCUUGCAUGUCUUUGUGAGGUGAUUGGAGAGAGAGAAACAUGUCUGUACUGUCCCUUUUUUUUCUCUCUCCUCUAGUUUGGCUGGCACACUUUCCCUUGGAUACUUAAGCCUCAUUUCCUCUAGUUUCCUGCCACAUUUUUGCCGGUGGCUCAGGCUACUGUGGUCUUGUCUCACCUCACUUUCCAGUUCUGGUGCAUAGGCUCUCAGCUGUUGGAGUCGUGAUCCGUGGGCACCAUGCCAUCCAUGUGGGUUCACUGCGUCCCUCUAAUAUCAGUAGAAUUCCCUCUGUCAUUUUUUACCUAACUCUUCCCUGAGACUACUCUAUUUCCACUUUUUAAAAACUAUUUUCUCCUGGGCUAGAGCAGUAAGCUCCCUCCCUACUCCACCAUCCAAUUAUUAGCCCAUCUCUAUAUGAUUAUGACUCUGUUUCUGCCAAAUUACUAAUUUAUAUACCAUAUAAUCAAAAUUAAAUGCCUUCCAUGGAGUGCAUAUUUAUUUUGUCAUUUACUACUGUCACCUGCAUGUGUAAUGAGUAACCUGAUUUGUAACAUUCCUAACACAGGGAAAUGAUGGGCCCCAUGGUUUGAUUUAUAAUUGUGUGGUCAUCUACUCACUCUAAAUGCUGGAAGUUGUCCCAGCAACUGUCAUGUGUAUAGGAUUUGAGUACAUUGCAGUGCCAGCACCAUCAUGGUCAUCAGCAUAGGAUACAUUCUUAAUGUUUCUAGAUGCUCCUGGAACUUUAAAUUAUUUUCUGAUUGUGGAAAUUUUCCAAACUACAAGUCUAUAUCAUACUGUAAUUUUUCCAGUUUAUUCCAGACUGUUUUUCCACCAAAUAUUCAUCCACAUAUUUGUUUUUAAUUAUGGCUCACAUUAAAAUGACAUUGUUACUAAGGGCAAGACAAAGUUUUAACUUCCAUGUGCAUCAAUUUUCUAUAUUUUGUCUUUCAUUUUAUUAAUUUCAUCUGAGUAUGUCAAUAUCCACAUGGAAAGCAAUCUUAGCACUGCCAAUGUAUGAUGAUUCUUUUGGGCACUUAUAUUUUCAUGUCAUGAAUGCACUAAAUAAUGUUCAAGUUGUCUUAGCAAUCUCCAUCUUUAUGGCCUAUCAAAUAAUUUUAGAACAUUACAUUCUUUUACACUUUCAAGGACACUUUUUUAUAGCUUCUUUAUAUUUCGAGAAUCAAAAUUGUCAUUCUCUUUAAAAUUUCCAUUCAUUAGAUCAAGACAAUUUUAUCUUGGUUUUAAAAUUACUGAAUUUAAUGGCAUAAACUUUCUUUGAUUUAAGAAAGCACAGAUUUUCUGUAUUUAAAUGUGUAUUGAGGGCUACUUUUAUUAAUAUCUGUUACAUCUCCUUGUAACCUUAUUCCUGCUUCUACUAAAUUUACCAUUUGUACACACAACUAUCAAUAUAAAACAUAUAUUGCAAUGAAUACAUGUCUCUAUUUUUCAUGUUGAUUCAAAUUUAUUAUUACCACCUCAAUAAAUAAUAACCUAAUUUGUGCCAAUUCUAGUGCCGGGCACUUCAGGCUACCAUGAUUUACUUUAUCAUUGUAAGGCUAUCAAAUUCUGGCAGAUGUCCAAAUUUUAUUUUCACAGUAUAUGAGAACAAUUUAGGGCCAGUUCCAUCACUCAUUAGCAGGAGAUUUCAUUCUUAGCUUUAUAGACAUUCAUGGAACUUGAAAUUAACCUUUAAUUAUGAAAAUUUGUUAAUUUUUAAAUUCACUGGAGUCACUCUUUUGCACAAAUACUUUAGUCUAGACCAAUCCUAACCCUGUGAAUCUGUGGCCAUGGUGAUUUAAUUUUUAUUGUAAGAUCAUCAUCACCCCCAACAUUCUGUAAGUUGCCUUCUGGAAACUGUCAGGUACACAGUGUCUCAGGGCCAUUUUAGCCAAGGGUAAUAAUUCUUUCUCCUCAACAUAGUAUAUAUAUGAAUAUAUGUAACAUAUAUAACAUACAUAUAUUUUAUUCAUAGAUAAAUUUGCCACUGUGUUUCUAGAUACUAGUAUAUUUCCUGAAAAUUAUGUGGGAAAAUAGUGGGAUCUUAAUGUUAUUUUUAUCCCAGAAUUAUGUAUGUUUAUUUAAUUUUAGAGGCUGGUAGACUUGGAGAAACAGAGAAACAGACUUUAUGAGCUACAACUUGAUGGCUUACUCUUCAUUCUUGUAAUUUUCAGAAAAUGGA